AUGUACUAUCAUUUGAUUCUAUCUUUAAUUAAAAUCAAACAAUUUUUAUCUAAAUAUCAUAAUCCAGAUAUUACAUUCAAUGACAUUGUUGGAGUGAUAAAAGUAUAUCCUAGUUUAUGCUGGAAAAUAGAGCCAUUUGUAUUUAAUAAUGGAUCUCGUAAGCUAUUAAUUCAAUUACAGGGAACAAUACCUGUCACUUUCAGAUGUAAUAUCUAUCAUAUACCAAUUUGUAUUUGGGUUAUGGAUACACACCCAAACAAUGCUCCAAUGUGUUAUGUUACACCUACACAAGAAAUGAAAAUCAAAGUUAGUAAUUUUAUUGAUCAUACUGGCAAAAUUUAUUUGCCAUAUUUACAUGACUGGAUUCCACAUAAAUCAGAUUUAGGUAGCUUAAUUCAGGUAAUGAUAUUAAUUUUUGGUGAACAGCCACCAGUUUUUAAAAAACGAAAUACAGAAUUAGUGUUAUCCCAUGAAAUUACAUCACCUUAUCCUAAACAAUCUGUUUCGCAAUUGUUACCACAAAGAGAAUAUAUGCCACAUAUGUUGCAGAAUAUAUAUCCUUCAACUGAUAUUACUUAUCCAAAUUUUCCAUUAUCCGGUUCAACAUCAAAUUAUCCCAUAGUAGGUUAUACCGAACCUUUUCCUCCAUAUUCCUCUGUAAGUAUAUAUAAUUAUUCUAUAUCACCAGCCCUAUCUGGAAAUUCAAGUAGUACUGGAACGAUCACAGAAGAACAUAUAAGAGCAUCUGUCUUAUCAGCAAUUGGUGAUAAACUAAGACGACGACUUCGUGAACAAUUUUCUCAAUUACAAGCAGAACUUGAAACAUUACAACGAACCCAACAAGAAUUAUCAGGUGGCUCUGUCCGCUUAACUGAGUUAUUUGCUAAAUUUCAAAAAGAGAAAAUAGAACUUGAAAAAAAUAUAAGAAUUUUACAAGAUAAGGAAUUAGAAUUACAAAAAGAAAUAAAUAAACUUUCAAAUAACCAAUCGAUUGAUAUUGAUGAAGCAGUAACUACAGUUGCUCCUUUAUAUAAACAAAUGUUGAAUGCUUUUGUGGAAGAAGCUGCUAUUGAAGAUGCAAUUUAUUACCUUGCUGAAGGAUUGCGAAGUAGUAUAAUUGAUCUCGAUGCAUUCCUUAAACAAGUUAGACAAUUAUCAAGAAGACAAUUUAUGCUCAGAGCUUUAAUGUCAUUAUGUCGUCAAAAAGCUGGAUUAACAAGUUAAAAAUUGUAUUAAUUUCACAUCAUAUUUUAUUUAAAAAAUGUAUUUAGUAC